AUGAAUCCACAUACCUCGGUCAGGUUAGAACAAAGCUUGAUGAAUAACCAGGGUAAUGUUCUUCUCUCUCUCUUACACUUCGAUUUUCAGCUGAAUUCACCUGAAGCAAGUACCUCUCCGCUAAUCCGAUGCACGCUGGUCACUGCUGUAAAGUUUAUCCUUGUUGUAACUGAUAUUGAUAACUCACAAGCUCAACUGGCUGGCCAGUUACGUCACGAAUCCUUAGACUGGCCCAGUGGUUUGAUCACUUCUCCCUGGAGCAUCUCACAACCCAAUACCCAAGUCGUCACUGGAGGCAAAACAGCGACUGACAUGACUACCCAGUCCCCAUCCGCUUUGCAGGAGAUUGAUUCGAUUCUUCGACAGGAUCAACCAUCCUCUGUCCUGUUGGAUUUCCUCAGCCGGUUAGCCGAUCCGGAUAUGUUGGUUCGUCGAGCGGCGCUAAUCGCAUUGAACACCGCUGCACAUCAUCGUCCGGCCCUCGUUCGACCUUUGCUUACUCGACAACUUUUGUACGCGGAGACUGUUGUACGAAAGGAGCUGAUUCGGGAGGUUCAAAUGGGUCCAUUCAAGCACUACGAAGAUGAUGGCUUAGACACACGCAAAUGUGCUUUCGAAUGUAUGGCGACUCUGUUGGAAACGUGCUUGGACAGGCUAGUUAUGUCCGAGUUCCUCGAACCUCUAAUAGACGGUCUGAAAGAUCACACAGAUAUCAAACUGAUGGCUUAUCAAAUGUUGCAACGAAUCGUUCAAAUCCGGCCACUUGAGAUUGAUGCAAGUGAGUAUUACCUUUGGAGUCGAAGGUCCUUGUUCUUUAACCUACUGCUUGGCGUUUUUAGCAAUGACAAAGUAUUCUAG